GGAAGUCAACUCCGGUUCAAGCGAUUCGUAUUAAUAAAAAAAUAAUAAUAAAAUUUUACCAAACAUAAUGGAGCUUGAGCCCAUCUUUCAUAAAAAAGCAGAGUAUAUAGAAACAGCUUCUGGUAAUAAGGUUAGCCGGCAGUCAGUUCUAUGCGGGAGUCAGAAUAUUGUACUAAACGGAAAAACUAUAGUAAUGUCAGAUUGUGUAGUUCGAGGUGAUUUAGCUAAUGUACGGAUUGGAAGACACUGUGUAAUAGGAAAAAAUACUGUUGUUCGACCUCCAUUCAAGAAGUAUAAUAAAGGCUUCGCUUUUUUUCCCCUCCAUAUCGGUGAUUACGUUAUGAUCGAAGAGGACUGUGUUAUAAACGCCGCUCAGAUUGGUUCCUACGUACAUAUCGGAAAAAAUUGUGUAAUUGGAAGAAGAUGCGUCCUAAAAGACUGCUGUGCAAUAGCAGACAAUACAAUUUUACCGCCAGAAACAGUUGUUCCCCCCUUUACGCUCUUCUCCGGAAGUCCCGGAGUUUUUACAGAUGAACUUCCAGAAUGUACUCAAGAUUUAAUGAUUGAUGUCACAAGAAGCUUCUACAGUAAUUUUAAACCCUUAUCCAGCUGAUAUACUUACUUUCUCCUCUGUUCUUGGUUUAGUCAAUAUUAUUUAUUUUCUUCCAUAAAUGGGAAAGGAAGUCUAUAAUCAAUAAUUAAUACACUUAACUAUACAAUAAGAAUCAAUUUGGAUAUUAUAUCUCUCUGGACUUUGGGAUGAGCGUUAGUUAGAAAACAAUAUUAAAUAUACUUUUUGAUCUUGAAGAGAGAAGAAUCAGUCUGUCAACUUUUCUCUAUUUUUGUUUAUUUUUCAUUCUGUUUUGCUUAAUAAUAAAGUUUUUGAACAUCGGAAACAAAUAAUCAAUAUAAUUUCGAAGUGUAAGCAAAAUAAUAGAAGAAACUUAAAUGGGGAAGAGAAGGAGGAAAGGAGAG